AUGUCAACAGACGAAAAUAUCAAAAGUUUGCUGAGCGAAGCGGCAAAGUAUUACGCAGUUAAAGACUUUGAAAAAUCCACAAAUCUGUACUCUGAGCUGAAUGAGCUUAAUGAUGCAUUAACAGGGCAAAAUAAUGCAGAUUAUCUAUAUUUAUAUGGAAAGUCACUAUUUCAACUGGCAUUGAGUCAUUCUGAAGUAUUGGGUGGUGGUCCUGAUGAUGAGGAUCCUAUAAAUGAGGACCAGGAUGAGAGUUCUGAACAGAAGCAGCAAAUGUACCAAUUUAACGAGGUUUUAGCAGAGGGAGACGAAAUAGUGGAAGAGGAGAGAGAAAAUACAGAGAGUGAGGAAGCUCACGGGCAGGAGAAAGUUGGCACACACCAGUUAGCCGAGGGUGAAGAAGAUGGAGACAAUGAUGGUGAAGAAGAUGGAGACAAUGAGGAAGAUGAAAAGUCCGAUGAUUUUGAAAGUGCCUGGGAAAUUUUAGACUUAGCGCGUGCCAUAUACGAAAAGCAAGGGGAUAAACCUGAGAUCAUGAAAAAACUGUCAGAAACCUAUGAUAUUCUUGGAGAGAUAUCUCUGGAGGCCGAAAAUUUCAGCCAGGCGAAGGAAGAUUUCCAGCAUUGCCUGCAAAUUCGUCAAAAGCUCUACAGUAGUGAGGAUCCAACUAACAGACUUAUCAUCGAGUCAUAUUACAAGUUGUCCCUAGCGUUGGAAUUUGAUCCGUUAGAAAGCGAAUCUUGUAAAGAAAACCUAAACAAAGCCGUUCAACUUCUGAAAAGGCGAAUCGAUGAAAAGCAUGCAGAAGAGGGCGAUAAGGAUUUAUUGAAAGAACUCAAACUAAAGCUUAGGGAAUUGCAAGCUGUUAAGAACCCAUUGGAAGCUCUUAAAAGCGAAGGCAUGCUUCAAAUCCAGCGCGCCUUAUCGGGCGACAGUUCUGUCCCAGCGCCUGUGAAUGACUUAACUUCUAUGGUAAAAAAGAGAAAAUCUAGUUCAAAACCAGACGUAGAGAAUGAAAAAAAACCAAGAAAACAGUGA